CCGCACCGCUUUUCUCUUCGCUUAAGCCAUUCACUCCUCGGCGGGAAAUUCACCUGUCUUUAUUUGAGCUCUGAGUGGGUCGGUUAAUUAGCCAACCACUGGGGUUGAGAUGAGUUCAUUGAAGGGCAUAUUUCAGGCCCAGCUGAGGCCACUCGAUUCAAUUAAUUUCAACUGGCGAACAAUGGAGGUCGCUUGCUAAUUGGCCAGCCAGCCAGAGGAAAGGUAAUCAAAACCAACCAGCACACCAGCUAGAAUCGCAUCUACUUGGCUCGAUGGUGGUUGACCCGAAAGCAGACCAAAGAUAUGUGAGUAACAGUACACCAGUACACAGCUGCAUCAAUUAGGUGGCCCACAAAUUUGUGGAUUCAAAUGGAUUUGGCCUGGGUCGCCGACUGGCACACCAACAAUCACAAUUUACGGAAGACAAAAGACGACAGACAGGCCAAUAAACCAACAUUUACAUUGACCCGUCGAAGGGCAUGGAUCGAAGGGGCAGAGGACAUGAGGCUCUGGAGACAGCGUCACUUAAUCGAAUUAUGCAACUAUAUCAACAGAUGACACAAGGAGAAUCCAGCUGCAAAUAACUGCAUUAACAUAUUCGAUAACUUCAUCAACAUAUCCCCCGCAUAUCCUUGCCGCCUGUCUGAAUGCAUUUUAAUUAAAAUGCGCAUACGGAAUCGACAGCGAGGCAGGGUAGGGCAGGCCUGGCACUUUACGGCCAGACAGCUGGGAAAAUCGAAUCUUUUAGUCAAAUUUCCUGCAAACCCAACAGCGGCAAGCACACACAAACAGGAUCAGGAUGCCGCAGUUCAGAAUUUCCACUAUCCUGGCAGUAAUUAUAAUGAUUCAUGGCGUUUUGGCUGCCAACAUCAAUUAUGAAAUCUAUGCCGUUGAUGGCCAUCUCUAUAAGUGUGUUCUUGAUGGUGCCCAUGGUGAGGUGAUCGUCGAGAGUGGCAAAUCUAUACCAAAUGAGUUUCAAAUGCAACUAUGCUUAAAAUUGUGCGUUUAUGUUUUGCAAAAUACAUUUUUGAAGAAUCGAUGGCCGCGAGUACUUGUGUCCUGUUAGUUAUGCUCAUCUGGAUCCUUUUCGACGCGGGACAGUCGGCGGAAUGGGAGGACAUCCAGUACGACCCGAACCAUUCCGGUAAGUGCACCAUCAACCCGGGACUCGUCCUGAAUCCGGGGGUGAGCAUCAAGGAUCCCACGCACGAGUGCCGCAAAAUCUUGUGCGGACUUAACGGACGUGUCGUUUACCACAGCUGCGGAGUGAGCAUCCUGUCGCCUCCUUGCCGCUACGGUGAAUACAUCAAUCCAGAUCUUCCCUAUCCGGACUGCUGCAGCAGAGCCCUACUUUGCAACUAGGCAGGAUCAGUCGUGUUUAAUUGGAUAUAUUUUAUAUCUCUAACGAUAUCUGUGCAGAAUGUCGUUUGUGCCAGAAACUAUUAUUAUUUAUGGGUUUUUAUGGAGCUUAGUUUGCCCAGCAUUCGCGGAUUUUUCACUCAACAAAUUCACUACGUGGAUUCAGGUAACUUGGCUGCAACCGCAAAGUUGAGUGCGACUGAAAUUUCUAGUUCAAGAAUGUGUUCAGUUCAAAUUAGGACAUAGUGCACAUUUCGAAAUUAAGAAAGCAGCUAACCAUGUUAUGAAUAAAUCAAUUUUAUCCACAAA